AUGGAAUCCGAACUUCACGAUUUCCUCGAGCGCGUAAACGAGUGCACAGCGGUCGCCGUAGCUGAUUCCAUGCCAACAGUCACUCGAUCGAUUGUAUCAAUAGAAGGGCUUCGAUCCUACCUGACUGAGGAGAGACUGCGAAGGCUCUUAUUCUAUGUGGGCAACUCCGACCUCUAUGAGCAUGCUGUCCGCGAAAGAUACCUAGCCGUAUUUUCGGUUCUUCUUUCGAUAGACAAGGGGCCCUAUCUAGCGAUCUUCGUGCAAUACGAUCACAUGGCAGACGGAAGGCUUCCUUUCCUUACCUGCGACGCAUGGCCGGAGGUUUGCAAAACCAUAUUCAAUGAGUUCUACGAAGCACAGUGGAAGUUCUGUCCAAAGCAGCUCGUGUAUGGCCAACUUCAUGACACUUGGCUACACAAGGAGAUGGUCGUGCCGUUCAGGGGCAAGGUACUUCUAAAGGAUAGUGUAGACUCGAUUGUCUUCAAGGUUGAGCUGUUCGAUGAGUACAAUCAUCUCAUACCCGACGAACUAGGUAUCCCCCCUACCAACGUCUUCAUUCUGAAAUCCUGCCGAUCGGACUACGCGAAGUUACACAACAAUGAGGUAAAGGCUUACAGGACACUAUUGAGUCACCCAAGUGGCCAGGAUGCGAUGCAAUAUAUGGCCCGCUUCUAUGGGUCGUGGGCACAGGGUGAGACUCGAAACAUAUUACGUGAAUAUGUCGGCGGUGGUACCCUUACAAACUUCUUCGAACGAACCGAGCCGCCAACGACGAUGGCCGAUAUCCUCGAAUUCUGGAAGAACUUCAUACAGUUCAUAAAGCCGAUAGGGUGUAUACAUCAUCUGCCCAAUCCGCACGAUCGUCAUUCGUACAAAGCUGGAUUACACAACGAUAUCAAGCCGGAUAACAUCCUUGUGUCAGAGCAAGACGGGAGCAAUCCGUAUAGAGUAUCAUUCAAACUGGCAGACCUUGGUCUCGCUGGGUUCGCAGUGGCCGAUGACCAAGAUGAGAUACAACUUCGCGACGUGCACGGUACGAAGAUGUACAGUGCACCCGAAUCCUUCCGUGGCGAGUCGGACAGGUCCAUGCAACAAAGCAUCAAGCAAGCACAUCCAGCUAAAGACAUAUGGGCCUUGGCUUGUGUGAUUAGUGAAGCCGCAGUGUGGACUGUGUUCGGCCAAAAAGGGCUAGACAAGUACCAUCGCCUGCGAGUCGAAGCUACCAAUGAUGAAACGACCCUCAGAAAUACAGGGUAUAGUGGCUGCUUCCAUAACACCAGAAAUGUCCUGUCUGCCGUAGACCAAAUGCAUAAGGAGGCCACUCAAAGUCGCCGAGCGAACAUCGAUAACAUCGUUGGCUCGGUCCUUGUUACUGUUGGCGGAAUGAUGAUGCAAGAUCCAGCGAAAAGACCAGAUGCGUGGAGAGUCUACGAGGAUCUUAAACGAGCUAUAGAACUGGCGACACCAACAGUUCAUGCUGUACCCACGCAACCACCUGCGCAAAACAACCAAGUUCGACACUCUAUGCCUGUAAAUAUGUCACCAACUCUUACAAACGGGCUGGGCUUGGAUAUGAAUCCGCUUUCCCUGCAGUCGUCUGGUGUUAUACAAGGGCAUCAAUCAUAUCAUCUUCCAGAAAGACGCUCAACGAUCAAUGGGCUUCCUUCUCCUCCCCCACCUUCUAGUGCUACCAGCUCUGGAAAAGGAAAAGCACCGAUGCGUGGUCCUUACAGUUCAGCCUCCCACACUACACAUGGGUCGCAACGGACACCACUGCCUCCCACACUGAGUCCUGUUCCACAAUAUCGUACAUCUGUCGGCUCGUCAGCCCGUCCCAAAGCCUCUAUCACAAAGGUUUUGGAAUACAUACCCAAGAAGAAAACGUGGCCACAUACUAUUUUACCGGGCGAGGAAUCAUUGAAAAGACUAGGUGGGCGAGAUCAGAUCUUUCUUGUUGAUGACUCUGCAUCCAUGCGACCAUAUUGGAAAGAAGUCCAACGCGUUUUCGAAGCUCUGGCGUACCUAGUCAAAACCAUGGAUCCGGACGGCAUCGAGUUACAUUUUGCCAAUAGUCCCGCGCACAAAGGUCGUGACAGAGACCGCAAGAAGCUCACAAAGAAAUUUGAAAGGGUGAGACCAUAUGGCGAAUGCCAAAUGGGUAUUGCGCUCAGCAACAUCCUCCCGCUCUACUACCAAAACUCGCACCAGAACCCGACAAGCAAGCGAUCGUCUUUGUCCCUACGAGCAGAGGAAAAGCCCCCGGUCAACAUCUACAUUCUCACAGACGGUGUAUGGUCGCCAGAUUCAUACUGCGUUUCCACCAUACAAGAUCACAUCACGAACCUGGCUGAUAAUUUGUGGAAGGCUGGCAAGUUACAGCAUGUCGGUAUUCAGUUCAUCCGUUUUGGGAAUGACGCGACGGGGAAACACCGCCUCGAAUAUCUCGACAACGAUAAAUUACAGCAUUACACAGUCCCUAUGGAUAUUGUCGAUACAGAGCCGUCCACCGGCAAUGUCUUCAAGAUGCUCCUCGCGAGUACCGAUCCUUCCUGGGAUAAUGACGAUGAUGAGCCCGGCGGCUGA